GUCGCUUGUAUCGCAUGGUGUAUUCGAAGUUAAGAUCAGAGAGCGUUUACGCUUUUGAGGAGGCGAAGAUGGAUAUCUACCGAAAAUUUUUUUAGAAUACGUUGUUUUCGUGCAGAUGUGGGGUCUACAGCUGAGGGACAAGAUAGCUCAACAGCACAGCUAUCUUGCAGUCAAACAUAAUCUUUGACUUGCUUAUGAUGAAGGAUGAUCAAGCUGAAGAUGGCCUCAAAAAGGAGUGAACUCCACUGCAACAAAUAAGUCACUACUUUUGAAACUCAAGCACUUGGUAAAUACACCUUGGUUUGCAAUUCUGAUGAUUACAGUUUGCUGAGAAACCAUGACCAGAUUAUAGGCCUCGCGCUUGAGCCGCGAAUCAAAGCGGAAAAAAAAAAUACUCGCUCCUGAACCUACAGUACUCAAGUGGAACUCGGGUAUUUGUCGACGUUUAAAGUUUACUACAACAGUUGAUGGAUAUGCUCUUAAAGGUCUCUUAAAAGGCAGAUUUCUUUGCCAGCUGAGUAACUCUGACCACAUAAAACAUCCAGGAGAUCUUGAGAACGAGGAAGGAUUCACGUAUAGAGGCAGAGAGGGGAGCAACCCGCUCAAUAACACAAUGAGCGCGUGCCACACCAGCCCGUGUCUAAAUGGAGGCACAUGCCAACCUGGAAUAACGGUUAUGGACUAUACAUGUGUCUGUCAAUCAGGCUUUACGGGAAAAGGAUGUGAAAAAGGGUUCAACGCCGUAUUUACAAACCUGGACAGAACAGGACGCACUGGUCCCAAAUCACUUGACAAUCAUUACGCAGGUCAGGAUCACGAUGGACAAGUUUCUUUGUCGAGAGGUAUUCAACUCUGGACUGUGCCUUAUUCUGGUCACUACAGAAUAGAAGCAAUUGGAGCCGCAGGUGGUUACAAUGAGCAGCACGACGGCAUAUACGCCGAGUAUCGAGGAAGAGGUGCAAGAAUAAGCGGGACUUUUGUAUUGAUUAAUGGAGAAAUCAUUCAAAUUCUCGUUGGCCAGGAGGGGGGCAAGAGUGAACGCACAAGUAGUGGAGGGGGUGGAUCUUUUGUAGUCAAAGAAACAAACGACUGCUUGGUAAUUGCUGGAGGAGGUGGUGGUGUAAUCGACCCGCAAUCAAGACAUGCAGGAUGUGAUGCCAGUGCAAACACAACGGGGAAUCCUGGCUAUAGAUCAUGGUCGGGGGGGAGCAAUGGACAUGGUUCCCAGACGGUUGAUGAUUGUAAAGCAGGUGGCGGUGGCGGAGGUUUUUACUCAGAUGGAAGGAGUGGACUGGAAUAUGGAGGAGUAUUAGGAAAUGGCAGCGAAGGUGGUAAGGCUUUUCUCAACGGAGGGAAAGGGGGCAGGGCCGCAAUGCCUAUUAUGUUUGGCGGCUUUGGAGGUGGUGGUGGAGGUACACACUAUAAAGGGGGUGCAGGCGGUGGAGGGGGGUACUCUGGAGGAAGCAGUGGGGCUGGUGUGAGCGAUUCCUGUGGGGGUGGAGGUGGAUCGUUUAACUCGGGAAGAGAUCAGCAGAAUGAAUGUUGUUACAACUCAGAUGGGCAUGGUCAGGUGACCGUAACAUUGCUGAAAGGAAACUAGCAGUUUACCGCAUUAGGGCAACGGAACGUGCAAGAUAUGCUACGGUAUUACGCUUAAGAACAGGCAAAAAAUUCGGACAGUUUCUGUUUUCCCUCGCCCUAUACGGGGAUUGGAAAAUAUUCACGCGUAUUAUACAUGAAACCAUCGAAUAAGUUGUAAUUAUUGCCCACUAAAGUAGAGAACGUAGAGAUGAACCGUUAAUGGCGAUUUAUUUCAAUGAAAUG